AUGGAAUCCCCACAGAUGUAUGAUGCUGCAGGAGCUCCGCCUCCGCCGCCACAACCAGACUUGAAGAAAAAUGGAGAAGAUAAACGGACCCCCUUCCCGCCACCAGAUUUGGACGAGCUCAAUGGACAGGAAAUUAGCUUGGACUUGCAACACCUCAUUGAGGACCAGUUCCGGGGGGAGGAGACCAUGGCCUUGUUCCAGGAAAUCCUCCCUGGAGCAAGAUCGCCUCAGCAACGACCAUUCCGGACCACAUUGGCGUAUAUGCCACAGCCAGUCCACUCUGGCGCAUCAUACGCUGCCCCAGUACCAAAUAACUCACACGAGCAAGCACCCCCAAUAAAGGAGGAACCUCCAGAACCCCAUGAUUUUCGACGGGCUGUGACAUGUGCACAAUACACUGGACAGUAUAAUCCACAACCACCUGUUGGAGUCAGCGGCCCUUACGGGGGUGGUUUUACCCCUCUCCCUCCUCUUGGAGCUCCUCUCUUACCUCCCUUGUUAAAACACAAGCCAGCGCCAGCAAGGCGGUCCUCUGGCAAAGUGAUAGACAAAGGCACAGACGAAUACAGACGAAGACGGGAACGCAAUAACAUUGCUGUGCGGAAAUCGCGCGAAAAAGCCAAAGUUCGCUCAAGGGAAGUGGAGGAAAAAGUUAAAACAUUGCUGCGUGAGAAGGAGGCCUUGUUAAAGAGAGAUUACGGAGUUAUGUCGGUCCAUGUUACAGCUUGGAGCGCCGCAUUCGUCGGAUCACACGCUUUGACCGUAGAUCGAGAUUUGGUUGAA